UAUUAUGUGCGGUUUGCGCGCUUUGUUGUCUCACAGAGGGCUACUGCAAAGAGGUCAGUCAACUCCGGCCAGCAUCGUACAAACUGACCUCGCUAUAAAGGAUGUGCACAAGACAUAAGAAAUUAACUGAAAAUUAAAUUCCGCUUUAAAUCAAAUCAAAUCAGCUUUAAGGGCUUGUUGUACUCUUCUGCACAUGUGCGGCGAUUUUGUUUUUGGACCGUCAGUGAAAUUUUCAAAGCUAGCUUCGAUGUGAAACAUCCUCAUCAAUCUAUCUUGUGGGGGCUGUGAAAGUUGUAGUAACAUGCGGUUUUCGGGAAAUUGUUUGUCAUUUAAGGAUUUUUAUAACAUAUUUUGGUGUUUUUGUUUACGUGAAGAACUUGUUGUCGUCGAAAGAUGGUGUGCAACCCAGCUCGUUCCAUACAAAAAUUACCAUAAAGCCGCUCGAGAAAAUCGGAAAUUAUUCCGGGGAGGUCGAGAAUGGUGCUUAGUCACACGAUUUCUAUUGGUCAAAAAGACGAGCUGGCUUUCUAACUCAUGUAAACAAAGGUCCUUAAUUUAAUUUGCACUCCACCUAGCGCGGCGCGAAAGCGGAGAACCAAUGACGUCUGUUUGCUGAAGCUUGCGGGGUUUUAUCUUAUUUUAUAUGUUUUAUCUUAUUUUGCCUCAGACAAUGUGGGCUUGGAACUGGCUGGUAGGAGACGACACAUUAACAAGGAAACUUCGUAAUUAUUCUGCCAAGCAUGUGAAGAUUUCCGAAGCUGACAUGACUCUUACAAAAAAGCUGGUGAAAGAUUACGUUGAAAACCAGGUCAUGUGGUACUGUCGAAAGAAAUCCUCGCUUCCCAUUCUGAGACUGGAGUACACCGGAAGCGUGUACGAAAGGCUGAAGACAGAAGCUGCUGAUGAAGUGGACGUCAUGGUCGUACUGAAAACCACCGCGCCGUGGUUAUGGGGUGAUCCGGAAGUCAUGGUGGAAGAUACAGAUGUACCUGGGUACGUACGGCUGAAGGCAAGAUUGGACACAAAAUUUCGCAGGUACGCAGGACCCGAAGGUUACAUACAUCCUGAGCGGCUUCGCAAUGGCUGGUUCUACAGUCUUGUCGAACAAGCAAUAAAUGAUUUCAGAUCUAGAUCACCGCGUUCUGAUGUUGAUAUGGUUGUGCGAGCCCACGGGCCAGCUGUUCAGCUGGAUAUCUUCAAGAAGGAAUCUGGUAUGAUGUUGUUGUCAGCAGAUCUGGUUCCUUGCUUUCAAAUCGGAGCAGACAGCUUCUAUGUGGCCAAGCCCUAUAGAGGACGAAGAUACGUUUCUAGUCCUGGUCUUCUUUGGAGGCAGUCGUUUUCAUUAAAGGAAAAAAGCAUCUUAGAAUACAUGGAUAGAGAUCAUGGCUGUAGGCACGAGCUCCUCAGAAUCGUCAAAACCAUCGUGAACAGGGAGCGAACCUCGCUCGGUAGACUCGAGUCGUACCACUUGAAGACAGCCUACAUGCAUUAUAUAAAAGAAAAACGUGGAAACUGGACCAGCCGGAACUCGCUGGGGGAACACUUUGUUGGCUUUCUUGGGGAGCUGCAGAAGGCCCUGGAAAAUGGAAAUCUUGCGCACUACUGGCUGGGUGGCGUAAACGUUCUGGAAGACAUUGAUGAGGUGGUGAUGAAGAACAUGGCAUAUCGUCUGAAAAGGAUCCUGAAUAGCGAAGUAGAAAGGGAUCGGAUUCUUGAAUAGCGAACAGUUUCGCUAUUUUUCAUUGUUUUCAAACAGACAAUGAUCACAUCGAACUCUACACCCUCCUCUUAUUUAGGCCUAACAAGCAAACUAAGCGAAAGAAAAGAACUAGUGAAAUUUAGGAUAGGCAAUCACAAAGUAAGAAUUGAGACUGGUGGAUGCCCUAUUUGUGCAUCUAAUCAAAUUGAAGACGAAUCUCACUUUCUAAAAUAUUGCAAUAAAUACUCUAUUCUAAGAAAUAAAUUUUAUGAAAAAAAUAGAACAUAUCAUUCCGACUUUUGAACAAUUAUCUUCGUUAAGAGCCAUUAGCGAACUUAUGACUUCUUCAAAUCAUUAUAUUAAUAUUUAAUUAGCAAAAUUUAUUUCAUCUUGCUUUGAUCUACGCAAUA